AUGGCAUAUCGUCGUCCCCUAUGCAUAUUUAUCUCUCUCUUGAGCCUUUUUCUCCUUGGAACACACAUCAUUCUCUCCUCUAUAACUUAUUACCUUUCCAUCGACCCUAAUGCCUAUCUUUCCGAGGACCAAGUACCUAUACUUGGGCGACACUACCGGUGGAAUGCCUCAGAACAUGGACAAGUUGAAAGAAUCCCACGAAUUCUCCACCAGACAUGGCGAACAGAGACCCUUCCCGAGAAAUGGAGGCCACUUUCUCAAGAAUGUCGGGAUUUGAUGCCAGAUUAUGAAUACAUGCUCUGGGCUGACGACAGAGCUCGUGAUUUUAUAUCAGAGCAUCAUCCUUGGUUUUUGGAUACAUUCAACGAUUACCGAUAUCCCAUUCAGCGGGCAGACGCCAUCCGCUAUUUCAUUCUUCAUCACUUCGGUGGCAUCUACUUGGACCUCGACAUUGGAUGUGAACGUCCUCUAGACCCCCUUCUGGUCUAUCCUCUCAUCCUUCCAGAAACAACUCCCGUGGGCAUCUCGAACGACCUCAUGUUCUCAGAAAAAGGUCAUCCCUUCAUGGCACAAGUUAUACGCAGCCUCGGUACAUCCGGUCGCUCAUGGGUACUCAAUUAUCCAACUGUAAUGUUCUCCACGGGACCUACGUUCCUUUCGGCCCAAUACAGCAUUUUCGCUUCAUCCCACGCUAGUGAUCCUAUCCGCGUCCUCCCAAAGUCAUUGUAUGGAAAAAAUGCGAAGGAGGGAGAGGCGCCAUAUUCUUUCUUUUCACAUUUCUAUGGAAGCAGCUGGCAUGCUGGUGACGCUGCUUUCAUUGGCUUCCUUGGCCAUUGGGGCAAAGCAUUGAUGUGGUUUGGUUUGAUC